AGCAUUGUCUGGUGGACGAAAUGACGUUAUUCCAACUGGAACGUGAUAUCGGCAGUGUCGAUCCGUGUAGUCACACAACGUUGCUCUGCAGCAUUUCGGGCCUUUCCUGCGAGUCUGCAUCAGACAGCUCCGUUACACGUACAGAACUAAACGAAUAGGGCGCUCAUAAUGAGGGGUAGCGGGGUUAGCGUCUUGUCAUUGACAUUACCUUGCCGCAAGAGUGUAUAUUUUGCGGACUCAAGCGCACCAGUUGAUGAGAAUAUUCUGACUGUCGUGCGAUCUGCAGAGGAUUAUCACGUUCCUGCAGGAAGGAGAAAGUAUAUAGCGUAAGACGUACAGACAUCAAACUAAAUCUUCUUCUCUCUCUUUUAAGCUUUUGUUAUUUUGGGUGUCAGCGAAGUCCAUUUGAAUUCUUUGUUUUGUUUCACUAACCGACAUGCGUAUUGAAAAUAUACUCGUCGCCCCACUGCUGGCUACAACAGCGUUGGCAUGGAACACUACAACCAAGUACGCAGUCAAAGAACCCCCGCUCACAACUGAUUGGACCUAUAAAGUUGGAACCAACCCGUGGACGGAGUACCCGAGACCCCAGUUGGAACGGUCUGAAUGGCAGAACUUGAACGGGAUCUGGACAUACCAAAAUGCUUCCAGUCUGAACGACGCGGACGCGCCUCCGUUUGGAAAACCUCUCGCAAACGAAGUGUUGGUGCCUUCUUGCUUGGAGAGUGGUCUCUCUGGAAUCCAAGGACGAGAUACAAUAUAUUCCUGGUUCUCCACAUCGUUCACUGUACCAUCUUCUUGGUCUGGAAAGAAAGUAUUACUCAAUUUUGCAGCAGUAGACUAUGAAGCAACAGUCUAUAUCAACGGAAACCAAGUUGGCUUCAAUCGUGGAGGAUACUUCCGUUUUACGAUUGAUGCCACUGAGCAUGUGACCUUUAGCGGCACCAAUGAACUGCUCGUAUUUGUGUAUGAUCCAGUCGACAGUGAAGGGUCUGUGAUUCCAAUUGGCAAGCAGACUUUGCGCCCAUCUCACAUUUUCUAUACGCCCUGCUCGGGAAUUUGGCAAAGUGUUUGGAUCGAGGCAGCUCCCGAGAACUACAUCACACAGCUGGAUGUUGAUGCAAAUAUGGACGGGCAAGUCAGCGUCACAGUGCACAGCUCAUCUGGAACUUCAAGCCCCGUUGAAAUCACCCUCGACGGAUCAACACAUAGCGGUUCUUCUGAUGCACCCUUCCAAUUCACGGUCGACUCUCCCAGUCUCUGGUCACCAGAUUCCCCCACACUGUACAAUUUUACAGUCAAGCUCGGCGACGACGAAGUGAAGAGCUACACCGGCUUCCGCACGAUCUCCAAAGCAGAAGUUGGUGGUAUCGUCUCGCCAAUCUUGAAUGGCGAGCCAAUUUUCAUGUUCGGUACCUUAGAUCAAGGGUUUUGGCCUGAUGGUAUUUAUACUGCUCCGAGUAGAGAAGCGAUGGUGUAUGAUUUGCAAGUGUUGAAGAAGCUGAACUUUAAUAUGGUUCGGAAGCAUAUCAAAGUCGAGCCAGCUUUGUUCUACCAAGCAUGUGACCAAGUCGGUCUUCUUGUUAUUCAAGACAUGCCAUCGCUCAGAGCAGACGGCGUUCUUCCGAACGAUGCGCAGCAAGCUGAGUUCACUCGUCAACUUGAGGUCCUUAUAAACCAGCACAAGAGCUAUCCAAGUAUUGCGACUUGGGUUAUUUACAACGAAGGAUGGGGCCAGUUGAGAGACGGAGUCUAUCCUGAAUUUGGACUUACAGAUCUCGUCCGCUCGAUCGAUCCGACUAGGCUAAUCGAUAGUACUACGGGAUGGUUCGAUCACGGAGCUGGAGAUUUCAGUGACAAUCACCACUACGCGAACCCACAAUGCGGUACUCCAUUCUACUCAAUUCAGUCCAGUCCCUUCGACCCAACACGUAUUGGGUUCCAAGGAGAAUUUGGAGGUAUCGGCCAAAAUGUUUCAAUUGACCAUCUCUGGAACGUCCAAGAAGCAAUCGACACCAUAAAUCAAACCUACGAAAUCGACCAAACUCUUGACGCCUGGCGGUAUCGUGGCCAUUUCCUUCUCAACGAGCUUCGAGAGCAGACAGAAAAAUACUCAUGCAAUGGAGGUGUCUGGACGCAGACUACGGAUGUUGAGGGUGAGGUGAAUGGGCUGUUGACCUAUGAUAGGAGGAUUCUGAGGCCGGAUGAGGAGACGUGGAGGGCUGAUUUACAAGCCUUGUAUGAUGCGGCUGCUGCGAGGAGGAAUAGCUCGGUUCCGACUUAUUGACUCGGUGGGUUGGCUGAGUUGUUGACAGACUGGACUGGGCGGGCUCAGAAUGUUUUGAGAGGCGGAGAUUGAUGGACGUAUUGUGGAGGUAUAAUGAAUAGUUAAAAGCUGCUACGUGUUAGGGUAAUCAAGGAGUGAUUUACUAUAUCUGCAGGUGAAGUCAACCCAUUUCUCUCACAGCGUAUCAGACGACGAUGAGAAACUUCACAAAAGUCACAAAUAUGUAGAAGGUCG